GGGCUCCUUCUGUUUGGACACUGCAAUGAUAUCGUAUUAGAAGUUAAGACAAGGUUGCUCUUUACAGAGGAAACGAUGUAUUGACUUCAACAAAAACUCCCAACCACACGGUUCUCCCUUUUAGCUCUCUCAUGCCUUCUGUAAUCACUCUGAAAGUUCAAAGCUUUGAUGUUAACUGUUAAUGGAGCCAUCACCCUCUAUGUGUUUGUGAAAUUGCCUGAACAAAAAAGCUAAGGUUAACUUUUUUUUUUUCCUUUUCCAAUUUUGCUCUUGGGGGGUAAUUUUCAAUUUUCUUGAGAUCCCACACAGAAAGUUUCAAUCUUUGGUGGGUUUUCUGAGUUCCUGAGAGAGGAUUUUUGAUGGGUUUGUGAGAUUUUGAUGAUUAAGUUUCUGGGUUGAUAGCAAAAUCUGUGAUUGUGUGUGUAAAGAGAGUUUUUUUUUAUUGAAUGGUUCAGUAAUUCGGAAUCUCUUAGCAUGGCUGUGGUGUGUCCUGUGCCUGCAACAACACAAAGGAGUGGUUCUGUGAGUUCUGUUGGUGAAAUUGUGGGGGAAAUUGCAGAGGAGCCUAAUCCAACUAUGGUUGAUGAACCAAUCUAUGUUGCUGUGUCAAAGGAUAUAAAAGAGAGCAAAUUGAAUCUGAUAUGGGCCAUUCAGAACUCUGGAGGGAAGAGGAUUUGCAUCCUCUUUGUUCAUGUGCCUGCAACAAUGAUACCCUUGAUGGGUGCCAAAUUUCCUGCAAGUUCACUGAAAGAUCAGGAAGUCCGAGCAUACCGGGAAAUUGAAAGGCAAAACAUGCACAAGACUCUGGAUGAGUAUCUUCGUAUCUGUCAACGGAUGGGGGUGCGAGCAGAAAAACUGCAUAUUGAAAUGGACAGCAUUGAAAGAGGAAUUCUAGAACUUGUCUCCCAGUAUGGUAUCCGAAAGCUUGUUAUGGGAGCAGCAUGUGAUAAGCACUAUUCUAGGAGAAUGGUGGACCUCAGAUCUAAGAAAGCCAUCUAUGUAUGUGAACGAGCUCCAGCUUCUUGUCAUGUACAGUUUAUCUGCAAAGGGCACCUUAUACACACAAGGGAUCGCAGUUUGGAUCAACGCAAUGCCGAGGCUGCAUCUCUUUUGGUGCAGCAAGUACCAAACUUGGUGAGAUCUUUGAGAUCUCAAUCACUGGGGCAAAAUCUUCAGGCGAGUUCACAUAAUGCUGCUCAAGAGUUAUAUCGCAGAGCAAGAUCUACCAAUGAUAUCGCAGUUUCUUCUCCCGACGACACUGAAGGUUUUUCAACCCCACGUAAUAGGGUGGGUACAGAAGUAAGUUCUGAUGAAUCAGAACGACCAUCAAGGAGGAGUCCUUCAGGAUUUUCAACAUGCUCUGACGGUGCAAUUGAAGCAGCAUUGACCCCGAAUUUGAUUAAUGAGAUCAGUGAGAAUGUAAUAGAUUUGACUUUGAGUCACCUGAUUAAAGAGGAUCUUCGUCAUUCAUCUCCUCCCAGUGUACUGCAGGAUGGUGGAAUGAAUGAUACUCUCUAUGACCAACUUGAACAGUCUAUGGCUGAGGCUGAGAAUGCUACGCGACAUGCAUACCAAGAAACUUUUAGGCGUGGGAGAGCCGAAAAAGAUGCCAUUGAAGCUAUACGCAGGGCUAAAGCUGCUGAAAGCUUAUAUGCAGAGGAGUUGAAUCUGAGGAAAAUGGCUGAGGAAGAACUAGAAACAGAAAAAGAAGAACUUGAGAAUUUGAAGAGCCAGGCAGACAAGGUUAAGGAAGAACUCCGGCUUGCCCAGGAUCAGAAGUCAUCACUAGAGAGUCAACUUGCAUCAUCUGAACUUAUGGUAAAGGAGUUGGAGCAGAAGAUUAUAUCUGCUGUGGAUCUUUUACAAAACUACAAGAACGAACGAGAAGAAUUGGAGGUGCAGCGUGAUAGUUUAUUGAGAGAGGCAGAAGAGUUGAGGAAAAAACAAGGAGAGGCCUCAAGCUCCCACGUGUCUCAAUUGUUUUCAGAAUUCUCAUUUUCAGAGAUCGAAGAAGCAGCAGGUAACUUCAAUCCAUCCCUAAAGAUUGGAGAAGGUGGAUAUGGAAGUAUAUUUAAAGGUGUCCUUCGUCACACUGAGGUAGCUAUAAAAAUGUUGCACCCCAACAGCAUGCAAGGACCCUUGGAGUUUCAACAGGAGGUUGAUGUCUUGAGCAAGCUAAGACAUCCCAAUCUUAUCACACUUAUAGGAGCCUGCCCAGAAUCCUGGGGCCUUGUCUAUGAGUAUUUACCGAAUGGUAGCCUUGAAGACCGUCUUGUUUGCAAGGAUAAUACACCUCCGUUAUCAUGGCAAACUCGGAUUCGCAUUGCUGCUGAACUGUGCUCUGCCCUCAUCUUUCUCCAUUCCUGUAAACCUCACAGCAUAGUGCAUGGUGACCUAAAACCCUCAAAUAUUCUCCUAGAUGCAAACCUUGUUAGCAAGCUUAGUGACUUCGGAAUCUGUCGCAUAUUAUCUAAUCGCAGUUCUAGUGAUAAUGCUACACAGUUAUGGAGAACUGACCCAAAGGGAACUUUUGUAUACAUGGAUCCUGAAUUCCUUGCUUCCGGGGAGCUUACUCCAAAGUCGGAUGUUUAUUCAUUUGGAAUCAUACUGAUGAGGUUGUUGACUGGGAGACAAGCCUUGGGAAUAUCAAAGGAGGUGAAAUAUGCAGUAGAUACUGGAAAGUUGAAAUCCUUACUGGAUCCUUUGGCUGGAGACUGGCCCUUUGUGCAGGCCGAACAGCUGGCUCACUUGGCCUUGCGGUGUUGUGAGAUGAGCAGAAAGAGCCGUCCGGACCUGUGCUCGGAUGUUUGGAGGAUACUGGAUGCAAUGAGGGCUUCUUCUGGAGGCACAAAUUCCUUUGGACUAAGUUCUGAAGGGCUCCACCAACCUCCUUCUUAUUUUAUUUGUCCAAUCUUCCAGGAAGUCAUGCGAGAUCCACAUGUAGCUGCAGAUGGUUUCACUUAUGAAGCUGAGGCUAUACGAGGAUGGCUUGACAGUGGUCAUGACACUUCACCAAUGACAAAUAGUAAGCUUGCACAUCAGAAUCUUGUUCCCAACCGCGCCCUUCGCUCUGCAAUCCAGGACUGGCUUCAAAGUCAAUGAUCAAGCUUAUUGUUUUAUCAAUUUUUAUUGUAGUAUAUAUAUAUCUACCUGUUUAUAACAUGUCUAGGAAAGAAAGCUGUCUUUACAUUUUUUUAAACCUUCUAUCAGUUUUGUUUCUUGCAGUCGUAUGGAAUCAAAUUGUAUACCUAUCUCUUAUAUAGGUUAGAUUACCAAAUGGUGAAUCUUUAGUCAUUGUAAAAAAAACAUAAUAAUAUUAAAAGCAUGUAUACGUCAAAACAGUUUUCGUGUAA